GUAUUUAAUGGUAGCGAUAUUUUAAACUACUGUGCGUAUAUUUUAGCUAUGUCUGGCGCAGAGUGUGUAAUAUGAAUGAAUUAUAUAACACAAAAAUUAUGUCUGCAAGGAGGCACGCUGCGCACGUGACGAAAGUGUUGUGAACUUUUACAUUCGCUAUCAAUACGGUCCGGUUACGCAAGAGUGGCUGGCAUUUGCCACCAAUUCAAUGCCCUUGAAUUGAUUGGGGGGUUUGUGCUCUCACCAAAUUCGGCAAGUGGUCGACCGCAAAUAACAAUGGCCUGUCUGGUAAACGAGCAAAGAAGAGCAAACGCGUUGCAGCAGGCGCGCGCCAAAGCAAAGCAGGGGAAAGUAUCAUAGUUCGGAUCGCUGAAGUUGAGGCACGCUGACUAGUAGUCUGAAGUCUGAGUAGUCACGAUCGCGUACAUUAAUGUGGAAGUCGCGAUUUGAAUCUUGCCGAGUUUCCGUCGGAGUCGUAGUAAAAUACAAUUAAAAUGGAGAAAACGUUGAAAGUUGUGAAGGAAUCGCGGCGAUUUUUUCAAAAGUUUUCCAACGCGCACAGCGUCAGUUUAAUUUCCGCGGAUAGAAGUGUAGAGGAAGAAUUUGAAAACGAAACAUGCGAAGCGUUACCGUAUAAAAUGGUACCGGGACCAAAACCAUUUCCACUCGCUGGCAACACAUGGAGAUUUCUUCCAAUUAUUGGUGAUUUUGAAAUUGAACACAUCGAUAAAGUGUCGAAACGAUUGUAUGAAGAAUACGGACCUAUUGUUAAAGUGGAGGGUUUACUUGGUAGACCCGACAUGCUCUUCCUUUUUGAUCCCGAUGAAAUUGAAAAAGUGUUUCGGCAAGAAGAUGCGCUGCCUUUGCGGCCUUCGAUGCCAUCGCUGAACUAUUACAAACAUGUCUAUCAGAAGGAUUUCUUUGGAGAUGUUGGUGGCGUAAUUGCCGUGCACGGCAAAAAUUGGCAAAAUUUUCGUACCAAAGUGAACCAAAUCAUGAUGCAACCGAGAGUGGCGAAGAUGUACAUCGGACCAAUCGAAGAAACUGCCAAGGAGUUUGUACAAAGAAUUGAAAAGCUAAAGGACCAGAAAAACGAGAUGCCACACGAUUUUCUAAACGAAAUCCAUAAAUGGUCGCUAGAAUCAAUAGCUAAAGUCGCUUUGGAUGUGCGCCUCGGAUGUCUCGAUGAUGAUGCGAAUGAGGAAACGCAGAAAUUAAUCGACGCCGUCAAUACAUUCUUCAUGAAUGUUCCGAUACUGGAACUGAAGGCGCCGAUAUGGCGUCUUUUUGCAACACCCACUUUCAACGAGUACAUCCGUGCGCUAGAUACGAUUCGAGAAAUUUCGUUAAAACAUAUUAACAUAGCGCUACGCACGUUAAAAACCGAGAAGGAUGCUCACGAAAAAUCCGUUUUGGAACGAGUUUUAGCCAUGGACAACGAUGCCAAGAUCGCUGCCAUUCUAGCAUUGGAUUUGUUUCUCGUCGGAAUUGACACCACGUCCAACGCGGUGGGAUCCAUUUUGUAUCAACUUGCUACUCAUCCGGAGAUUCAGGACAAAGCGCGUGAAGAAAUUCUAAGCGUCGCGCCGGAUUACAAUGACUCUUUGACUUCGAAAAAAUUGGAUUCGAUGCCUUAUACGAAAGCAUGCAUACGCGAAACUUUAAGAAUGUAUCCUGUUGUUAUUGGGAAUGGAAGAUGUACCAGUCGCGAUUCAAUUAUUGGUGGAUAUUUAAUACCUAAAGGAGUGCAGGUUGUUUUUCAACAUUACGUCAUUAGCAACUUGGAUAAAUAUUUCGAAAAGAGCAAUGAGUUUAUGCCAGAACGAUGGUUGAAAACAUGUCCGCAUGGGAUGAAUGAAUCUAGUAAAGGACAUCAUCCGUUUGCUUCACUUCCGUUCGGCUUUGGUCGCAGGAUGUGUUUGGGGAAGCGAUUUGCUGAUAUAGAAAUUCAAACAGUCAUUGUAAAAAUUCUACAACAAUAUAAAUUGGAAUAUCAUCAUGAGAAAUUGGAUUAUUUUAUUCAUCCGAUGUAUACGCCAAAUGGACCAUUACGUAUAAAGUUUACUAAAUAGGAAAAUAAUAAGAAUUUUAAUUUUCUUUUCCAUUCAAUUGAUGAAAUUCCUAUGAUUUUUAACGAAGAAAUGUUUUAUAAUAAUAAAAAUAUGUACAAUAUACUGUUU